AUGGCUGCGUCCCCGGCGGGGUCGGUGGUGAGCGCCGGGCUGGAUGAGAGUCCCACGGGGCUGAGCCCAGCCCCUGGGAAGGAGCUGAGCCCGGUGCUGCUGUGCAAGGUGUGUGGGGACACCAGCAGUGGGAAGCACUACGGCAUCUACGCCUGCAAUGGCUGCAGCGGCUUCUUCAAGCGCAGCGUCCGCAGGAAGCUCAUCUACAGGUGCCAGGCAGGGACAGGGCUGUGCCCAGUGGACAAGGCUCACCGCAACCAGUGCCAGGCCUGCCGGCUCAAGAAGUGCCUGCAGGCUGGCAUGAACAAGGACGCUGUGCAGAACGAGCGCCAGCCCCGCAGCACAGCCCAGGUCCAGCUGGACAGCAUCCAGCUGGAUGCUGAGCUGCCCCCUGAGCACGUGGCCACCACAUGUGAGGUCCCCCCAUCACCCUGUCCGGCUCCUCGUGGUCCUGGUGCCACUGUCACCCCGGGUCCCCGAGCACCCACACCACCCACCAACCAUCGCUUCAUGGCCAGCCUGAUGACGGCCGAGACCUGCGCCAAGCUGGAGCCCGAGGACGCUGAUGAGACAGUGGAUGUGACGGGCGGUGAGCCGGAGCGGGCAGCUGGCGAGUACCAGGUGGCGCCGUACCCGGCAGCCAGCCCCGAAAACAUCUAUGAGACCUCAGCACGUCUCCUCUUCAUGGCAGUGAAAUGGGCCAAGAACCUGCCUGUCUUCUCCAACCUGCCCUUCCGUGACCAGGUGAUCCUGCUGGAGGAAGCAUGGAGUGAGCUGUUCCUGCUGUGUGCCAUCCAGUGGUCCAUGCCCCUGGAGAGCUGCCCGCUGCUGGCUGUCCCUGAGCCGGGCCCUGGGAAGCUGCUGCCGGCCACCCUGGACGUGCGGGCGCUGCAGGAGACCCUCGGCCGCUUCAAGGCGUUGGCUGUUGACCCCACGGAAUUUGCCUGCAUGAAGGCCGUGGUGCUCUUCAAACCAGAGACCCGUGGCCUGAAGGACCCUGAGCAGGUGGAGAACCUGCAGGACCAGUCACAGGUGAUGCUGGGCCAGCACAACCGUUCCCACUACCCCGGGCAACCCGUCAGGUUUGGGAAGCUGCUGCUGCUCCUCCCAGCGCUGCGCUUCAUCUCCUCGGAGCGCGUGGAGCUGCUCUUCUUCCGCCGCACCAUCGGCAACACCCCCAUGGAGAAGCUGCUGUGUGACAUGUUCAAGAACUGA